AAAUCUAACACAAAAAACUCAACUGGCAAUGCAGGGAACAGGAGUUGUGUUCCCCUUAGGCGAGCCAGGUCCUCGACAAACUACUACUAGUAAUGGUCAACCAAUAAAGCUCCUAACGAAUGUUGAAAAUCUCAGGCUCCUAAGCAAGGCAGAAAAGGCAGGGCUACUCUCUGCAGCAGAGAAGUUCGGCUUGUCAUUAUCAACUGUUGAAAGGCUGGGCCUUCUCUCGAAGGCCGAAGAGCUAGGUGUAUUAUCAGCAGCCACAGACCCGGCGACUCCGGGAGCUCUGCUGACACUGAGCCUUGUUUUGUUGGCCUUAGGCCCUGCCUGUGUAUACUUUGUGCCAGAGGACUACCCUUGGGAGGUGAUUUUGCAGGUUGUGGUUGCUUUGGUCAGUGUUAUUGGUGGAUCAACAGCAUUUGCUGCAUCAAAUCUAGUUUCUACUCUGCAGAAAUCCAAGUAGUUUUUGUUCAGAUGAUGUUUUCUUAUCAAUCUGUAUUUCUGUUUCUAAGCACUGAUCAUGAGUGGUACUACUUGUAAUUCAAAAACAGAAACUCUCUUUCUUAGUGUGUAUGUACCCUUGAACAUAUUCUUUUA